GUCACCUGAGCUUGUUUUGUUACUAACUCGUUGGAACUUAACUCCUCACAGUUUUAGUUUUUCCCUUUGUGCCUCUGGCUGCAGACUAAAUAUUUUCAGCGACUUGUAACAAACUUGAAUUGAGAUUAUUUGUUUCUUCUGGAGGUGGAGAUUAUUAAUGGGAUUUCUCUCUUUCUUGUGUCACUUGAGGAUGGUUGAACAGUGAGCCGGAGGGCGUCUGGAGGCUGGAUGGAAAGCAUGUCUCCACAACAGCAACAGGACGGUCUCAGCCGAGGUAGUGGGCAGCAGGAAAACAAAUGGCGGCUAAAGUCUCAGAGUUACCGACGUCAGUCAGCCCCAUCUCUUGUCAUCACCAAGGCACUCACCAGGUCCAAGACCCUCUCCAGAGAGAGCUUCUCGGUUCCUGUGUGUCCGGAGACUUGCUCACUGGUCCAGUCCUUCCUGACCAGCUCAGACAGGUUGUUUCUUCUCCAUGGACAUGCUCAGUUGAAGACGGGAAUGCAGACUCAGGACAGACACCUCUUCCUCUUCAACGACAUACUGGUGAUUGCCAAAGCCAAGUCAGCCAACAACUUCAAGCAGAAGGACCAGGCGCGCGUGUGUGAGAUGUGGACAGCAAGCUGCAUGGACGAGGUGUGUGAGGGAAGCACGAACCCCGAGUGGAGCUUCGUCCUGGGCUGGCCCACCUGCAACUGUGUCACUACAUUUAGCUCUGCAGAGCAGAAAGAGAGAUGGCUGUCCCUCCUCAAAAGCCGUAUAAAAGAAGAGAAAGAGAAGGAAGAACCUAAAACCAUCCCCCUGAGAGUGUAUGGAAAGGGAAUCAAUACUUUUGCUGUUGCCAAGACGCUCCCUGUCAGCAACUCCGAUUCAACCAACGAGGUGAUCCGACUGGCCCUGCAGCAGUUCGGCAUCAUUGGAAAUGUGAAAGACUUUCAGCUGUGGGUCAUCUCCAAGAGGGACAACGCCCCAUAUCCUCUGAUUGGUCAUGAGUGUCCCUUCAGUAUCCAGAUGAGUCAUGUGAGACCCUCAACGUCUCGGGGAGGAGGAGGCAGCAGGGACACUGCUGCGCCACCUGCGGACAAACAGAAGGCCGUGCUGGAGGAACAGGUGUACAGGCAGUGCCAGUUCAUCCUGAAGCCUCGACCCAUUGAAAUGCCCCAGCAGCACAUAUCUGCAGAGUUGUCUCAGAAGUCUUUGAAAAGGCGACGCUCCCUCAUGGCCUGGGCCUUCUGGCGAGGCUGCUCCUCUCACCUGAAUGAACUGUCGCUUGCCAGUGGUGCCCGUGGCUGCCUGUUCGGCCAUCCGCUCAGUGCUGUUUGUUUAGAGAACGCUCUGCCAAAACCAGUCAUGGACAUGCUGCGGUUUCUGUACCACGAGGGUUCUUGGACGCGGGGCAUCUUUCGUCGACCAGCGGGGGCUCGGGCUGUGAGGGAGCUGCGGGACUCCUUGGACACUGGGGGUUUCCAACUUCCUCUGACACGAGACCACGUCUUUAUUAUUGCUGGAGUCUUUAAGGAUUUCUUGCGCAGCAUCCCUGGCAGCUUGUUGUGUUGUGAACUGCAUGAAGAAUGGAUGGAUGUGCUGGAGGAAGAGGAGUACGAGGAAGAACAGGUGCAGGACGUAAAGAGGAUGAUUUGUCGGCUGCCCAAAGAAAAUGCCCUACUGCUACGCUAUCUGUUGGCUGUGCUGCAUGGUAUCCAGGGCAACGCCCACGAGAACCAGAUGACGAGUUUCAAUUUGUCAGUGUGCAUCGCCCCCAGCAUUCUUUGGCCUCCUGGAGCACCCUGUAGCCCUGAGGUGGAGGGAGAAGGAACUAAGAAGGUUUGUGAGCUGGUGCAGUUUAUGAUUGAACACUCUCAGCAGAUUCUUGGGGAGGAUCCCUCCGCUCUGUUUGGAGGGCCACCUCAGAGACCUACUACUGAGGAGACCAGCUCAGACUCGUGGAUGUACCCUCUGACCGACUCAUCCUACGACAGUCUGGAGAAUGAGUUGGACAGCAGCGGUGGGUCGCCCAACUUCUGCAGCAGAAGGCGCCUGUGUUCCAAACCACGUCAAGGCAGCCUAGACUCCAUCCUCACAUUCAGUGACUGUGACCAAGACACAGACCCAGAUGUACACUCUGCCCAAGCUGCCAGCCUGCAUGGUCUGAAGUUACGCCCACUCAGGCAACAAGCUCCAGACCUCUCCUGCUCCAGCCAGGAUGCUUUAACUGUGCACACCUCCACUCUGGACUCCCUGUCCUUGGAUGGUCAGCACAGACAGCGGCGCAGUUCAGAGCCAGCUAUAGCGUACCUGGCCAAGUUUCAGCCAUGUGCCUCAGGGAGUACUGCUGCUCUCACUGGUGAGGAUGACGAUGGCAAAAAAGAGCUUUCCAUGCAGCCCAGCGGCCACACACUCGCUCACACAGACACCAGAAGUCAGAGUAGGAGGAGUGGAGGUGAGUCCAAGUUAAACCUGCACAGGGGUAAGUCAGCAGGUCUCAAAGCCAGCUCCUCCAGCCUCUCCACCACCCCCACCUCCCCUGCUCCAGUGUGCUCCUCCCUGGACACCAUCAGCAGUGACCAAACCUGGGUGACUAGACAUGGGCUCUGCCCAGCCAAGGCACAUCUGUCCUCCACCUCUGGGUCACUUUCCAUUUCUGUCCCCUCUACACCCUUCAGUAUAAGCACUGCUCUGACCUCUGGUGGACAACCAGACCUGGGAACCAGUCCAGAAGGCUCUCCACCCAGAGAACCACACAACUGGGGGACCUUAAAAGGCUGCAGGGGACUCCAUCCAAACUCUUGGCUAAAGAAAGACCAGAGACUGUCACUAACCCAACAAGAUGACCCGGAGAAACAAGAAGAGGACACAACUGGAGGACCCGUGGACAAACUGCUCACACUUGUCCCAGAGAAAGGAAAAGCAGAUGAGAGGGGAGGAGGGCAACUGAUCUCUAGCAGCCAACACAAGCUCAAAACAUCCUGCAGACCCUCAAAAAAUGGAGGAGGGGAACAUGUGAGGAACCAGUGGCAUUUUCCUAAAUGCCACUGGUUCCAGUCCUCCCCACUGACAGUACACACCAGUACAGCAGCUGCCCUCACCAACCAGGGACAUGGAGCACAAAGCAAAGUGAGCGACCCAAAGCAGACCGGACUAUCUUUGUCUCUAUUCAAGUUCUACCAGCGCCGGGGGUCAGAACCUGGACGCCAGAUUGUCGACCGAGGCCCUACCCACAUCCGGGCGAGACUGCCCAGUGACCCAGGACUGAAGGUGUCCGAAGUGGAUUCACAGGGGGAGGAGCGUUUCUCUCUCUCCCCCUGUGCUGCCAAAGCAGUGAGGGACUACUUCUCUUCUCACCGGUGCAGUAACUCCCAGAGCAGCCAGCAGGUGGCGCUCGCACUUGUCAAGAGUCACAGGGAAUGGCUGAAGAGAUGCAGUGAUCCAACAGCAGAGCCAGACUUAGACCGGCUUCUGUUUGCUGAAGAAUCCUACGUCUGAUUGACAGGACCUCAGAGGGAAACUAAACUAGAUAGAAUGCAAAUCACUUCACUGCAAUGUAAUGAGGAAAAGGACACUGCUGCUGUUUUCAACUAAAGAUUUAAAAUAUUGCAGCUUUCAGGCCGUCUCUCUUUGGCAUGUCCUAGUUUCAGUACAAUGCAGAGUUCAUCGGCUUUCAAAAACUGAGUGAACACUUAUUUUACUUGCAACCUUACAAUGGGCUGCUUGUUGGCGUCAUUAAACACACUGUCCUGUGUAGGGUUAAACACCUUGAUUUAGCAACAUAACCUAACAGCAAACUGUUUACUGUGGUAGAGCAAACAUGGAGAAAAUUUGUUUUAAACAAAAC